AUGGAGGAAUAGCAUCAUGAGAUCGAUUAUAGCCAAGUCGAAUAAGCUGUUUAGAUGAAUUUAGAUGGAUACAAUGGAGAUCAUGACCAUUUAUAGUAGCACUAUGAAAAUGGUUUCAUGUAGAAUAAUGAAAAAUCAAAUGGCUACCAUAAUGAUUAUAACAAUAAUAAUGAUUAAACUCAGUAAGAGAGUUUGACUAUAUAAAAUUAAAGAAACGAUGAUGAAGAAUCCAAACUACUCAGAUAAAAUUCUUAACAAACAUAGCAAUAGAAUACAGAUAAUAAUACAUAUUAAUAUUAAUUACCUCCUUAGCAGAAAAAGAAAAGCAUACUAGAUUUAGAUUACAUAAAGAUAGAUGUAGUAGAUUUUAAGAGAGUUGAUGCCUCAUUAGAAAAAAAAGUUACCAAAAGACUCCUUUUUAUAAUUGAAAUUUAAUGCCCAAAAACUUAGUACCAAAAAACAAUAUAGGUAACUUACGAUCUGUUCUCUAAAACGAUAAUAGGAAUAGUUAAUUUUGGGUACAAACUUCUUUCUGUUAGUAAUUAUCAAAAACUAGAAAUAGCAGACUCAUAAAAUGAUUAGCAAGUUCAAGAAUAUUUAAAAUAAGCCAGAGAAAUAUUAUUGGAGAUACAGUCAAGGAAAGAUCUUUUAAUGAUGCAACAAAUACAACAUAUGUUAUAAUUGAAUGAUGAAAAAAAUACUGCAGAUGAAGAAUACAUAGAAUUGCUGCCUGCUAAAUUAAUACAUAAGUAAGAUAUUAUUGAAGAAGAACUUGAAAUAAGCAGUAGUUGCUAAGAUGUCGCUCAUAAAAUUGUAUACGUCUCUUAACAAAAUAUAACUCCUUUGAGUAGAUUAGGGAGGAUUUGGUCUUUUAUAGACAGCUAAAUUUUAGGUAGUGUUUUGGCUUUUAGAGUUAUGCAAGAAGAAGGAAAUAUAGUACCAAAAUAUAAUUUAGUCUCCAAAAAAUAUUUUGAUUUUAGGAUUUUAUGUCUGAAUUAUGUUUAAGAAAAAAGUUUACUACUUUUAGGAUCUCAUCAAGGUUAUUUAUAUUACUAAACCAUUGGACCAAAUGAGCCACUUAAUAAGAAAUCUAGCUCUGUUUCAAUUGGUAAUGAAGAAAUAUUAAAGAUAGUCAUAUUCCCUUCAAAUUAACAUGCCCUUCUUAUGAUGCCAAGCAGCAUAAGAAUUUUCGAUCUUAAUUCUUUAACGGUAGUUGCUGGUGGAUCUCUUAAAAAAAGGCUAGAUGGAAACGAAUUAGCCAGUGCUUCAAUAGAUUCGAAUAAUACCUAAAUUUAUCUUGGUACCUCAAAAGGAACACUCUUAGUCUACAAUUUAAAUGAGUAAAAGUUGGAAUAUAAAUCUAAAUACUCUUUUGAAGAACAAAUUCCUAUAUCUUCAAUAAUUUGCUCCUAGCCAUAUUUAUUUAUUUCCUAAGGAGGAAUUUGUACUGUACAAAAAAUAAAAAAGAUAGAACCAGAGUUAGAGUUAUAGUAGAAUGGUUAAUUCGAUAUAGGCAAGUACAUGAAUUAAAAAUAAAACACCAUGAAAUUAGUAUCUCCUCUUUAUAUAAAAAAAUACCAGCUCUUUAUUUCUGGAACUGACACAGGUAUGGUUAUAUUUUGGAGUGUAAAAGAUGGGACAGUAUUGUCAGUAAUUUAAGUCACUUAGGACUAGAAACCUAUAGUGUCAAUAUAGUAUAUAGAAGAAGAAAAUUAUCUUCUAGUUACUCUCUAAGAGGGGACAAAAAUAUUAAAAAUGGGUAAAGUAGAAUAGUCUUUGUUGCUUGAAAUAUAAAAAAAUUUAAGUUACAUAGAUUGA